AUGGCUAGCGAGGCUACAUUCUCAUCCUUCUACGCAUCCUUACGGCGAAGCAAUUCGCUGUCGCUGCUCUUGGCUCAGGUUGAUCUCUCCGGCGUCCCUCUCGUUCAAACCAUAGCUUCGGUUUCAUCAGAGAUCGUCUCGUGUUUCAGCGGCGUACGUCUCUCCUUCCAACGCAGAAACUCACGUUCCCUAAUUCGGAAGAUUGAGUUCUUCCUCGUCUUGUUCCAAUACCUCGCCGAUUCAGGUUGUGAUCAGGUUUCUUCGACGUCGGUACUGUGCUUUAAAGAGCUAUAUGUUCUCCUCUACCACUCCAAGUUGCUUCUCCGCUACUGCUCUCAAUCCAGUAAGCUAUGGCUUUUGCUGCAGAACCCGUCGCUUUCAGGCCUCUUCCAUGAUUUGAGUCGAGAAAUUCUGAUCCUUUUGGAUGUUUUCCCCGUCAAGAAUCUCAAUCUUAGUGAUGACAUCAGAGAGCAACUCGAGCUCUUGCAUAAACAAUCCAGUGAAUCCACGUUGUUCAUUGAUCAUGACGACGAGAUGCUACGUUACAGAUUAUAUUCCUUUCUCGACGGAUUCGAGAACGGCCGGAUACCUGAUCAUGGAGAGUUGAGAUAUUUCUUCGUAGAGAAGUUAGGGCUAAGGGAUCCCAAGAGUUACAGAGCUGAAAUCGAGUUUCUGGAAGAACAGAUGGUGUGUCACGGUUCUGAUUCGGAGCCUUCAAGCUCGGUGAUUAACGGGUUUGUGGAUAUCACAAGGUACGCCAUGUUUUCGUUAUUCACGUUUGAAGAUGAAUGCGUGUGGAGAAUCGAGGACAAGACGAAGAAACAGAGGAAAUGUCUCAUUGCAAAGGAGAUCAGUGACACAUUUACAACACUACCAAUGGAUUUCGUUUGCCCCAUCUCUCACGAUGUGAUGAAGGAUCCUGUGACUGUUUCCACAGGGCAUACUUACGAUCGGAGCUCCAUAACAAGCUGGAUUGAAGAAGGUCGCUGUACUUGUCCUAAAACCAGACAAAACCUCGUGGACACGUGUCUUGUCCCCAACCGAGCUCUGAAAAGCUUGAUGACCCGUUGGUACGCAGCGACCGGUAGAUCUUGUGCGUCGGAGUUUAAGGGUUUACCGGAAAUUUUUCUUGAUUCUGUUCUCCAUGCAAGAGCUUCGACGGAAGCAAACAAAGCCUCUUUAUCGAUUCUCAUACAGAAUCUAGCAGAUGGGUCAGGAGUAUCAGCUCAGAGAGUGGCGGUGCGAGAGAUCCGUCUUCUAGCCAAAGCAUACAUCAAAACACGUAUAUUACUAAUCGCGGAAGUGGGCGUGAUCCCACAUCUGCGUAGGCUUCUUGAAUCCGAAAACGCUACCGUGCAAGAAAACUCCAUUUCAGCCAUAUUUAAUUUGUCUCGCCACUCGAAACCUCGAAGCAUGAUCAUGGAGGAAAAAGAUUGCUUGGAGUCGAUAGUGAGCGUUCUCGCGUCGGGGAUUACAUCGGAAGCUCGUGAAAACGCGGCAGCCACAUUGCUCAAUCUUUCCUCGACACAAGUUGCCGCGGAACGGAUCGCGAACGCCGAUGGCUGCAUCGGAUCGCACGCGUCGCUGCUGCAGAACGGAACUCCGAGAGGGAAACUCGAUGUGAUCGUCGCGUUACAAAACAUGUCGAUGUAUCCGGAUAGUUGCAACCAGAUGGUGAGAUCGGGAGGUGCGUCAGCUCUCGUGGGAGCUUUGGCAGACGAGGAUGUGGCGGAGAAAGCGGCGAGAGCGUUGGCUUUAGUGGCGAAUCAUUCUUUAGGAGCAGAGAGUAUAGGGAGAGAGGAAUCAGCUGUGUCGGGGCUCAUGAAACUGAUGAGGUGUGGAACACCGAAAGGAGGAGAAAACGCGGUUGCUGCGUUGUUACAACUCUGCAGAGGAGGAGGAGCGGUUGUGGUGGAGAAGGUGGCGAGAGAACCGGGUCUUGCGGGUUUGACCGGAAAGCUUAGGUUCACGGGUACAAAGCGAGCUAGGCGGAAAGCGAUUUCACUCUCUCAGGUUCUUAAGGGGUACCAAAACACAGCGGUGAUGCCGCCGGGUUAUAGACUAGGGAUUAUUAGAACCGAUGUCUCUGUACCCAUCUCUAUAUGCACAUAA